GUGUGGAUCAGUGUGUGCGCUGUCCAGAAACUCAUUAUGCAAGUGUAGAAAAGAGACAUUGCCUGAAGAAAACUGUAACCUUUCUGUCCUAUAAUGAUCCCUUGGGGAAGGGAAUCACACUUCUGUCCCUUGGAUUCUCAACAGUCACAGCUCUUGUUAUUUGGGUAUUUGUAGACCACAGAGGCACUCCAAUUAUAAAGGCCAAUAAUAGAUCUCUCAGUUACAUUCUGCUCAUCACUCUCCUCCUCUGUUUCCUCUGUCCAUUGCUCUUCAUUGGCCUUCCAAAUACAGCAACGUGUAUAAUGCAACAGUACAUGUUUGGACUUCUGUUCACUGUGGCCCUGUCCACUGUGUUGGCCAAAACCAUCACUGUAGUUAUGGCCUUCAAGAUUACUGCUCCAGGAAGAAAGAUAAGAUGGUUGCUGACAUCACAAGUUCCUAAAUUUGUCAUACCAAUUUGUACCCUGAUACAAGUUCUUCUCUCUGUUAUAUGGCUGGGGACAUCUCCUCCAUUUAUUGACAAGGAUUAUCACUCUGAACAUGGACACAUCAUCAUUCUUUGCAACAAGGGCUCAUAUAUUGACUUCUAUGGCACUCUGGCCUACCUGGGAAUCAUGGCCUUUGGUAGUUACUUCUUGGCUUUCUUGUCCAGGAGAUUGCCUGACAGAUUUAAUGAAUCUAAGUCUCUGUCUUUCAGCAUGCUUGUGUUCUGCAGUAUAUGGGUCAUGUUCCUCCCUGUCUACCACAGCACCUCUGGGAAGGUAAUGGUGGCUAUGGAAAUGUUCUCUAUUUUGGCUUCCAGUGCAAGCAUUCUUAUUAUAGUCUUUGCUCCUAAGUGCUACAUUGUUUUGUUUAGGCCAGAGUUGAACACACUUCCUCACAACAGGGAUAAAAGAUACCACAGGAACAAAAAUUUACUUAAAACAUAGUUCACAUGAUUCUUCAACUAAAUUGGAGUUUUCUAGGUCUCAACUAUUAUGACAGUCAAAGAUAAAGUUAUGGUAUGUUUUUCUUAUGAUAGCUUCGUGGACAUACAUUCUCACCAAAUAUUCUAUCCAUAGCUUGCUUCCCUGGAACCAAAUGAUGAAGUAUGUAAUAAAUUUCACACACUGUGACUUCCAUAUUAAACUUCAUACCACAAUAUUCCUCAUAACAUUUCACAUUUUCAAAUCUCUUAUUUUAUAUAAAUUAAUCAUUUUUUGUCCAAAUAUCCUCCCCGUCCUAAUCCACUCUGUGUCUGUUUCACAUUCCAUACCUCCUACCCUAUCUCCAUGAGGAUGUCCCCACCCUGCCAUGUCUAACCCCACAAGACCUACACACUCCCUGAGCCCUCCAGUCCCUUGAUGGUUAGGUGUAUCUUCACUGAAUGAGUCUAGCCCUGACAGUCCUCUGCUAUAUAUGUGUUGGGGACCUCAUAUUAGCAAGUGUAUGCUGCCUGGUUCCUGGCCCAGAGUCUGAGAGAUCUCUGGCAUCCAGGGAAGUUGAGAUUGUUGGUUCUCCUACAGGGU